AAGCGGAACGGAAGAUGAAUGAAUGAAUGACUGCAACCUAUAUUUUGAUGACUUUGUAGUUAGUAUUUUCGUUCUUGUUUAUUUAAAUAUUAUCAAGAGGAGGGAUUUGUUGUGGGGAAAUUUACUAAUUUAGCCUAUAUUCUGUUUAUUCCAACAGCUCCUGUGUUGUUUUUAUUAUUUCAUAGUUCUUGUGUGUUUUGCAAAUGUACCUUUCCUCAUCUUCCCUCAGUGGCUGUACUCUCCCCUUUUUCCAAGGCCAUACACGAGACAGCCAUUUAUGUAAACAACAGCAGCUGUGUGUUUGAGGUGGCUUUUUCUUUUUUCUACUUUUCUUUCUUCUCUCUUUUCUAUAACCAUUGGUGUGUGUGCUUCUGUGUACUUCAGAGUGGAGGGCGGCAGCUGCCGUCAGAUGUGUCAUCUUGUGUUUUCCCUCUCGCUUUGCAAAGAUUUCAUUAAAAUGACAAAAGACAUGAUUGUUUACUGAAAAUAUUUCCAAAACAAACUCUAAAAGUGGCGGUUAGCCCCUUUCUUCAUUACUUCCACCCUUGCUUUCAAACCAUCCUUGUUUCCCUCCUUCAUUCCUACCUUCCAUUUCUUCCCACCCUCCUUGUCCUUCCUUGGUUUCAUAACAUACUUGGUUCUUUCCUUCCAUACCAUCCUUGGUUCAUUCUUCCCUCAUCUGUCAUUGUAUACGUUCCCCUUCCUUCCAUCCUUCUUACUAUAUACCUUCAAUUCCUCCCUUCCUACCUCCUGCAUUCAUUGACCCUUCCUUCUUUUCAUGUCGUGCCUUCCUACUUUAGAUCCUCCUUAAUCCUUCCUUUCAUACAUCUGUGGUUCCUUCUUCCCCUACCUCCCAUUCCCUCAUCCUUUCUUCCUUCCUUACCACCACCCUCCUUCAUUGUUCCUUCCUCACAUCCUUGUUUCUUUUUUCCCUUCAUUCUUCUUUUCAUAUAGUCCUCCCUUAACCACCCCCUUCUCCUUCCCUCCCACCUUCGUCCCUCCUUUACAUCCAAUCAAUUAUUCCUUACUUACUCAUUCCCCAUUUGCCCCUUCCUUCAUACAUCCUUGUUUUCUUCGCACCUUCCUCCAUUAAAUAAGUAAAUAAAACUAAUUUUGGCCCUCUGUAAAUUGAUAUAAGCAAUAUGUCAUCAUUACGGUGUGCUGCAAAUUUUAGUGACACUGCAAGCAUGCAAACCGAACAAAUACGCUGCUGUCACAACAAAACACGAAAGGUUCGGAAACGCAAAGGCACAACAAGCCAUUUUUCUCAUUCCUAAAAUGACAACUUACGAAUCCAGCAGCACGAAGGCCAGUUCCUCGUCUGUCUUGCAUCCAAUCCCUUCCCGUAGCUUUCGCCAACCCUUAAAAGCGUGUCCGAUGUUGAUUCUGGUCCGGUCUCUCACUCGGUCCAAGUCCCUUUUCCUCUUCUUCGCCUCGGCCGACCGAACCCUCCUGGGCUUCUUUGUUGUCGCAUCUGCCAUGAUGUCAACACCGGGCUAGCUUCCACCCCAUCUCCGGCUAGCUAGCUAGCUACCUCUAUACUUCUGAUUAGCUUCUCCUUCCAACAACUUUCGUUCCCAGAGUGUCUAAAUAGCAUAGCGUCCAUCGUGUUGUCAACGUUUAAAUCGGGGAACCAGGCGACUUGGACUCGCCGUGGUAACGCCACAGACGCAUUGUACUAAUGACAAGCUUCAAAAUGAAAAAAAAAAUCAUUUUUGCACUUUCAACAACCCGGACGCAAUAUCUUCAAAAACCUUCACCACUGACGAAAAAAAACCCCACUUUCCCUUCUCUCACAUUUUAUGAUUAAUCAUCCAUUUCUUUAUUUUUUUAGACAGGUUUAAAUGCCGUUUGAAAUAUUGCCCGGUCAUUUUGUGUGCACGGAAAAUGAACAGUAUGAAAUAAUGUACAGCGUGAGCAUUGUUGCCACUUUGGCAUGGCUGGCUGCCUCCACGUGGAGGUGUUUUGACCCCCCCCCCCACGCCCCCAGCCCCCAGCCCCCAGCCCCCCGCCGCCGACGCCCGAGAAGAACACGACGAGGAGUAGGAUGACACGCUAGCGUCCGCGUGCAAUGAGUCAGGAGAAGACAGAGUGGAUUCAUGUCGGCGACGUUGCUCUCUCACCCACAGAUUUCGUUCGCGUUCACUCGUGGAACAUAACGUGAGCCGAGUGGACCAAUGUACGUCACCUAUCGGCGGCGGUUCGGUCUCUCUUCCAAGAUGCAUGAACAGGAUUCACCAGCCGGCACCCAGGAAGCACAUGAAGACAUACAGUCUUCCUCGAGUGAGCGAAUCUCUGAGCAAGAGUUCUCCUGCCACUGCUGCUUUGACGUCCUGGUGAACCCCACCACCUUGACCUGCGGCCACAACUACUGCCGCCACUGUCUGGCCCUGUGGUGGGAGUCCUCUCGAAAGAACGAGUGUCCAGAGUGCCGCCAGAGGUGGGAGGGCUUUCCCAAAGUCAACAUACAGCUGAGUGAGGCAACUGACAAGUUGUUCAGCGAGGUUGUACAGCGGAGGCGAGUGGAGAUCCAAGAUAACCCCAAAAUCUCCCGAAUUACACUGGCUUUUGAGAGGUAUGGCGACAAUCUGGGCAAGUCAAGGACCAAGCAGCACAAAGCAGCAGGAUUUUUCUUUUUCUUCUCUGGAGUCUUUGCUACCCUCUUGUGUGGUGCGGUGUCAUUGCUGUUGUAUCAGGGGAGCAGCAGCCAGGUGGUGGAGCAAGAGGACCUGUUAGUCGGUCAUCCCGCUUUGCAAUGGACGCCAGACCAAAUGAUUUUCUGGCUGACGCACUUGGGACCUGAACUGUCUAGCAAGUCUUUCCAGCCAGGCAGUAUCAAUGGCAGAUUACUGAGGACACUGGAGGAGAAGGAGCUGUGGAAUCCACCUUACGACAUCCAGAAUCAGGCUUACCGAAACGCCAUUCUGGCUGAACUCUACAGACUUCAAGCCCCUGAUCUCAGACCUCAGAACCUGUGGGAAUACAAGGCGGCCCAUUCAGGGAAGUCUCUGUUCCUGCUUUACGCCAUGAAGCGCUCCCCUCGCCUAACGCUCUUCUAUUUGUACUUGUUUGACUAUUCGGAAACCUUCCUGCCCUUCCUCCACACCUGCUGCCCACCCAUCGCACUCGCCAGUCCAACGGUGGAGAGCCGGCCCUUUGACUCCCAGACGGAACCCAGCUGGCAACAGUGGAGUGAGUUCAUGGUCAAGUACUUCCUGCUACCGUACCAGCUGAUAGCGGAAUUUGCCUGGGACUGGCUUUCUGUCCACUACUGGACGUCUUGCAUCGUCAUCGUCCAUGCCGUGCUGCUGUCAAUGCUGGAGUGCUGCUCUCUGUGGAGACUCUGGACCACGGCUAGAAUCAGGGCCCUCCCUGGUAUGAUGUGGAACCACGUGUGGUCGAUGUUAUAUCAGGGACUCGCCUUCGGCCUCAUGUGGCCUCUGGUCCCACAGCUGGUCUGCAACGGCCUCUUCUACUGGGCCCUCUACAUCAGCCCCCUCAUGAACGUAGACCUGUUGGUGCAACAACUCCGGCACCCACAAACGGCGGCGCAUUAAUGCAGCCUGCGAGCCACUAAAUGCAAUGAAACAAAUGUCUGCUGGGUGAGCCGGCGUUUGCUCCGCUGUCAAUGUCCUUGCAGCUGGUUCAUUUGCUGCAUGAAGUUCUAUUUUGCCCUGACGUCUCUCUGUUGGAGUGGAACAAGAGGGGGACAUAGAACAAUGAUGGCAGUGCUGCGCUUUCGCAAACCAUGUUGCCGCAUUGAGCCUGAGAGUGCUCGUUUGUCUGUUCCACAUGUUAAUGAUUGUCGAGCUCGGCCUCAGCGUGUUUUUGUUAAAGUUGAGGAACUGUUUAGAUGUUGUUGUUUUUUUUUAAUUUUUAACACAUUCAACGUACCUAAUUUACCUGUGUAAUAAUAAUUACAUCGUAUUAAAUGUUUCUUGAAACUUGUGAAGAACAAAUGUUUUCACACUUCACUCCAACAAGAAUGCCAUUCUAAGGAAGAAUGUUCCAGAAUAGAUUUGCUUUUAUUGCUAAUAAAUGAGGCAUUAUACUUGUUUUUUUUAAUAAAUCCAGAAGAAUGUGUAUACCUGCUUUCACUAAAGCUUUUUUGAAAGACAACUUGAUUAUGUUCAUUUGCACUUAAUGUUCAACACUGUGAUUUUUACCUGCAGCUUUUUCAUGUUCAUUGAAAAUAAAUAUUUACUUUUGGAGUUGUUUACACUAUAUAUAUAUAUAUAAUAUAUAUAUAUAUAUUAUAUAUAUAUUUUUUUUUUUUUACUGAAGCAGGGUGUCCACAAAAUCUCUUUACAAUUAAAAGAAACAUAUUUACAAAAGCAAUUGCGAUGUAUGAAUCAGAUUUGUUGUAUUUACUCUUUGGUUAUUGAAGUUCUUAAUCACAUUGAAUUUGUGUUACAGGUUCCCGGGUGACAUUGAAUUUGUGUUGCAGGUUCCCGGGUGAUGAAAAAGGUUUUAUUAAAUAAUAGCCUCCGAAAUGGUUACUCAAGAAAAGGCACAAUGUAUAUAUGGUGGUUUAUUGAAACAAAAUCGAAUAGAAGGACCGAGAAACAACGGGGUCGUGUAUGGAAGAAAUUCAUGGAGGAACAGUGUUGGAUAACGGGAGGAGGAGACGACCAAAUUCGAAAAAUGACACCAAAAAAAAAAUGUAAUAUCCUCUUUUUGUAAUAUUCGUCACAGAUUCUUCAAUUGAUUUGCUUUUGUAAUAAAUAUAAUUGUGAAAAGA